AUUGUGAGUCCAUUGGAUAUUGUGCCACGUAUCAUUGCGAGUCUAUUAGACAUUUGGUCACAUAUCAUUGUGCAUCCAUUGGACACAGGGUCACAUAUCAUUGUGCAUCCAUUGGACACUGGGUCACAUAUCAUUGUGCAUCUAUUGGACACUGGGUCACAUAUCAUUGUGCAUUCAUUGGCUACUGGGUCACAUAUCAUUGUGCAUUCAUUGGCUACUGGGUCACAUAUCAUUGUACAUACAUUGGACACUGGGUCACAUAUCAUUGUACAUCCAUUGGACACUGGGUCACAUAUCAUUGUGCAUCCAUUGGACACAGGGUCACAUAUCAUUGUACAUCCAUUGGACACUGGAUCACAUAUCAUUGUGCAUCCAUU